AUGACCAAAGCUACAGAAACUGCCCUCGCUCUUUUCGCUUUGAGUGCGAUCUACUUUGCCUUGAUCACAGGCACCAUUCCAACUGGGGAGUUCGUGCAGAGAGAGAUAUUACCAUACUUGCCGUGGUGGGCUUUAGUCACUUUUGGCAGUUACGCCUUGGGCACGCUAGGCUGGGGCGUGCUUACAUUCAAGGACAAAGAAGGCAGUUACAGAGAGUUGUUGCAGCAAAUUGACGAGGCCAAGACAUUCUACAAAGAAAAAGGACUUGAUUUGGACGAGUAA